GAGCCUUGUAAGCCCCGCCCCUCGGGCCCCGCCCCCUGGGCCGAGUAGCCGCCAUCUUUGUUAGAGGCGGUGGGCCCAUCUCGGAGAUGCCGAAGUCUUGUGCGGCCCGGCAGUGCUGCAACCGGUACAGCAGCCGCAGGAAGCAGCUCACCUUCCACCGGUUCCCACUCAGCCGCCCGGAGCUGCUGAAGGAAUGGGUGCUCAACAUUGGCCGUGCUAACUUCAAGCCCAAGCAGCACACGGUCAUCUGCUCCGAACACUUCAGGCCCGAGUGCUUCAGCGCCUUUGGGAACCGCAAGAACCUGAAACAUAACGCUGUGCCCACUGUGUUUGCUUUCCAAAACCCCACACAGGUCUGCCCUGAGGUGGGGGCUGGUGGGAACAGCUCAGGGAAGGACAUGCACACCACAAUGGAAGACUUCCAGCCUCCAAACACUGAAGGGCCCGUGGCAACGCAGGUCUUACCCGAGAGAGAAGCAAUGGAGGUGUCCGGCCUGCCAGCCAGCCCCCUGGGGUUGAAACAGCCCCUUUCGGGACAGCCAUCUGAUCACAGCUAUGCCCUUUUGGACUUGGAUACCCUGAAAAGAAAACUGUUCCUCACGCUGAAAGAAAACAAGAGGCUCCGGAAACGCCUGAAGGCCCAGAGGCUGCUGCUGUGGAGGACAUGUGGCCGCCUGCGAGCCUGCAGAGGACAGCGUGGACCUCGGGCCGGUCGGCCAGCACAGCUGAGCUGAGCCUGAGCAGGCUCUGGAUGUGGGGGUGCUCUGCCCUGCUGUGCAGACUUUCACACAGUGCUGCAAGGUGCCCUCAAACCGGCAGGAUGGGAUGCUGUGACUGGCAGACGUCAGGUGGGGACCCAGGUGCUGGGGAAUGAGGCACAAUCUCAGGUCUCCUAAGCUGAGGCUGGCAGCAACAGUGACCAAAUGUGAGGAGCUGUCACAACCCUGUCAGAGGUACUCCCGCAGGGGGAGGUGGAGGAACAUGUAGAGCCUGUGGGUCCUUCUCACUUCCCCAGAGGCCAAUCUGAUGGCAGGGUCCCCCAUCAGCCUGUAUUUCUGAGUGACUCCUUUUCUGGCCUGGCGUAAACGUGGAAUAAAUUCU